CAAAAAUCCCACUCCAUAGCCGCCCCUCGACGAAGCUUUGGAUCAUCCAAACUCCAUCGCCAUCUCCGCCGCUCUCUCUAUAUACAUACAUAUCUCCGCCACCAUGUCUUCCUCCGCCCACCAAUGGCUUCCCCACUCCUCCCCGCUCUCCUCCUCCUCUCCCUCUCCUCCCACCCCGCGCCGCCCUGCUCUUCCCACCAGUUCUCCACCAACAAAACCUACCCCUUCUGCGCCGACCUCCCCGCCCUCGGUGCCUCCCUCCACUGGGCCUACGACCCGGCCCAGGCCGCCCUCUCCCUCGCCUUCGUCGCCCCUCCGCCCGGGCCCAAGGGGUGGAUCUCCUGGGCCAUCAACCCCUCAGGCUCCGGCAUGAGGGGCUCUCAGGCCCUCGCCGCUUUCAAGGGCGCCGGGGGCGGGAUGGCGGUCAAGACGUUCAACGUCUCCGACUACGCACUGGCGGCGCCGACCGACGCCCUGUGGUUCGCGGUGAAUGAGACGGCGGCGGAGUUCGAUGGAGGGGUGAUGACUCUGUUUGCGAGGCUGGUGCUUCCGGAGAAGGGGAUCGCGGUGGUGAACCACGUGUGGCAGGUGGGGGGCGAGGUCGAGGGGGAGACGCCGCUCGAGCACGCGUCCAACCCGGAUAAUUUGAUGGCCAAAGGGAGACUUGAUUUGGUGAGGGGGACCGCGGCUUCCGCUGGAGCCGACAGUGGCAAUGAGAGGAGGAGUAGAAACAGAAAUAUCCAUGGGUUGCUAAAUGUUAUUAGCUGGGGCUUUAUGUUUCCGGCGGGUAUCGUGAUAGCUAGGUAUUUGCGCGUAUUUCCGUCAGCCAAUCCGGCAUGGUUCUACCUCCAUGUUUCUUGCCAAGUUUCGGCCUAUGCCAUCGGGGUGGCCGGUUGGGGCACAGGCCUCAAGCUUGGUGGUGAAUCGAAAGGCAUCACACAUUCUUUCCAUCGCAAUAUCGGCAUUACCCUAUUUGCCCUAGCUACUCUACAGAUGUUUGCAUUAGUUUUGAGACCAAAAAAAGACCACAAGUAUAGAUCAUAUUGGAACAUAUAUCACCACGUAAUCGGAUACACGAUAGUUGCGCUCGGCAUCACCAAUGUGUUCAAAGGCUUUGACAUAUUGAAGCCUCAAGAAAAAUGGAGAACUACAUACAUUGUGGUGAUUGCCGUUUUAGGAGGAAUUGCUAUGCUAUUGGAAGCAAUCACUUGGAUUGUUGUUCUACGUAGGAGAAAGCAAACUAGGAAAUAAUAAAAAGAAAAAGUUUCUUCGUUUCUUCAUUUUGGUGAAAUUCCACAAUUAAUAUUAAUUGCAUUUCUAGUUGAAGCUAACUUAAUUUUAUAAAUAUUCAUAUAUGUUAUUUCGCAUGGAUACACACAUUGUACCCUCUUUUAUAAACUUUAAAACAUUUUCUUGUUUCCUCCCAUUCCCAAUAA